GAGGUAAUGGAGAGGUGAGAAGGGCAGACUUUGUACCCACUUCACUCGCCCUUCUUCAUCGCCACCAGCUGAAGCGCCUCGGUUUGUCUCUCUUCUCUCGUGGAAAACAUGAAGAUUAAUUUUGCCCCCUUGGAAUUGCCCAUGAAGAGGAGACUGCAGACGGCUGCAGUAAUGCAGUGGGUCUUCUCCUUCAUCGCCCUUGCACCCCUCUGCAUCAUCCUGUACAUUUACCUGCUGUUCACUCGCUUCUGGCUGGUCGGUGUGCUGUACACCGUCUGGUGGUUCUUUGAUUAUGACACUCCUGCACGUGGAGGCCACAGGGUGAAUGCCUUGUGUGACCUCAAAGUUUGGAAAUACAUGCGGGAUUACUUCCCCAUCAAGUUGGUGAAGACAGCUGACCUGGAUCCCAGGCACAACUACAUCCUGGGCUUCCAUCCCCAUGGCGUGCUGGUGGCAGGAGCCUUUACUAGCUUCUGCACCUGUGCUACGGGCUUCAGAGAGCUGUUUCCUGGCCUCACCAGCUACCUGCUCAUGUUGCCCCUUUGGUUCAGAUCCCCUUUCUUCAGAGACUACAUUAUGUGUGCAGGUCUGAUUCCUUCGGACAAAAAGAGCGCCAGCUAUCUGCUAUGCAAAAGAGGUGUCGGUAACGCUGUGGUAAUAGCAGUCGGUGGGGCCCAAGAAGCUCUUGAUGCCCACCCUGGGACCUACAAUGUACUAUUGGCUAAGAAGAAAGGCUUCAUCAAAAUGGCGAUGGAGCACGGUGCUCAUCUGGUGCCAGUCUUCUCCUUUGGAGAAAAUGAAGUGUUUGAUCAAGUGGGAAACCAAAGAGGAACAUGGCUUCGAUGGUUACAGGAGCGGCUGCAAAGCAUCAUGGGUGUCUCCCUGCCUCUCUUCCACGCCCGUGGUAUUUUCCAGUACUCCUUUGGUCUCAUGCCCUACAGAAAACCCAUCAAUACAGUUGUUGGGCGGCCAAUUAGGGUGGAGAGGAAUGAGAAGCCAACGGCCGAGGAACUUGAUGCCCUCCACCAGCUGUACAUGGACGAACUCAGCAAUCUGUUUGAGGAGCACAAGGGCAACUACGGAGUGGACGAGGACACACACCUGAACUUUGUCUAAACUGGACUGUCGUCGGAGUGGAUUUGAUUGCAUAUUUAUUUGUAAAGCUCUGGUGCUGCAGGCUCAGAUAAUUGAUUGUCUUUCAACUGUUUAGCUGUUAAUUAAAGAUGAAUAAAGUGUUGUUGGUUCUGCAACAAGACACACUGCUGUAUCCGUUUAUAUGAGAGAGGAUUCAAUGACCCUAUGAGAGAAAAGCAACCAGUAUUUAAAUGCUUAAUGUAUCCAUAACUGAGACCUGGCUGCUCAUUCAGACUGCUUUUCAUGACUGUGUGGGAAAUGGUUCAAAGGGAACACUGAAGACACAAGUUUUCUUCACCAUCUCCCAGUGGUGGCAUCUGUCUGGGGUUUGGGAUUUUGUGCAAGAUCUGACACUUUCUCAAUCAGAAUCAUAGGUUGAAUCUAGGUUGCUACAUCAUUUGGAGACACUGUCACGAAACACCAAUCAUUUCAGGGUUUGGUAUCCAAAUACUAUAAACAGUGAAAAUAAAAAUCUUUUAUA